CAAAAUUCGAACGUCAUGAUUUUUUUUUUUUUCAUUUUGCAUAACUUUUUAAGGACUAUAAUUUUUAUCAUUGACAUAAUUUCAGAAUGUACGUGGAUUUGCGAAAAGGGAAGGUAAGUUAUUCCCAAAACGUGGUAUAUCCAAAAAUAUUUCUGUUUUGAAAAUUCAUUCCUAGCAAAAAUAUUCAGCAUCGUCCGUUUCCGAAACGGCUGAAGACUCUGGGGCUCGGGGAGUGUGAUCGUAGACGUCUUGACCAGCCUUUUUCCGAACAGAAAAUUUGGUUUGGUGUGUGCGAAUGGGAUGGGAGUAAAGCUCCUGGCCCCGGCGGUUUUACGAUGGAUUUCUUCAAGGAAUGUUGGCACUAGUUGAAGGGAUCUAUCCAGAAGGCCUUCUAGAACUUUUAUGUGUAGGUGUUUCUUCCUAAUUGUGUCACCAACUCUUUUGUCUGCUUAACUCCGAAGAAAGGCACAUUUGUAAUUUUGUAUUAUUUUCGAACUCCUAAUUAAAGGUUCAGAUCAAUACUUUUCAGAUUAAUGAAUUAUUAUCAAUAAACACUUCAAUCCCUAAUCUCAAUUCUCUCUCGUUCUUCCCCAAUUCUUUCCAAUUCCUAAUUUCCUCUCUUCUCAAUUCCUGAAUCCCUUCGAGGGAACUUCUAGUGUCCAUCAACUGUAUACUUGCUAACAUUCUUAAGAGUUAAGAAAACAUUCAAGCAAACGGCCAAGAAUCCACUUGCAAUGAGAGAAAGCAAACAUAACACAACAUAUUAUUAGGCAAAGCCCUUCCUUACUCUCUUCAUUAUAAUUUUUUCCGUCCCCUGCCUCAACCGCGUUCAGUUGUCUUUCUUGUAUGAAAUGAAAGUUCCUUGCCUUCAAAAUUGACGCGUCAAUUCAUCCCAAUGCCGGAUGGUCCGUAGAAGCAUCAUAACACCGGCAAUCCCCUGCCCUACGGUUUAGCUAUAUAUAUAUAUAUAGUUCCUACAUUUGCCUCAUUCCCUCAUAAGUCACAACAUCCAUCCUCCUUCAAUAUCCUUCCCCUUUCACUUAUCCCUCUUCCCAACAGUCAAUCGUUGAAAAAAUCAUGGCCGGCGCCGGUCAACCCGCCAACCCGAUUCCGGCAAUGACGGUGUACCUCCCGCUGGAGCACCCGGCGGUGGUAAUCAGCCCCUAUUUCCUGGCCCAAUACCCAGUAGACCUCACAGUGGCCACAAAGAUCAUGACCUUGGGAGAGAACGAUUUCACCGUCAAAGACGUCAACGGGACAAUCAUCUUCCGGAUCAAAAGCAAGCUGAUGAGCCUCCACGACCGCCGCAAGUUGCUCGACGCCGCCGGCACCGUCCUCGUCUCGAUGCAGCAGAAGCUGAUGACUGCGCACAGGAGAUGGCUGGCGUACCGGGGAGACAGCAAGGACUCCAAGGAUUUGCUGUUCACGGUGAGGAAGUCGUCGUUCCUGCAGAUGAGGACCGAAUUGGAUGUUUUCUUAGCCGGGAAUGAGAAGGAAGAAGUCCCCGAUUUCAAGAUCAAAGGCAGCUUCUCCGAGAGUUCCUGCGUCAUUUACCUCGGGAACACCAACAAGAUCAUUGCUCAGAUGUACAGAGGGCACAGCAUGGCGACUUUCCUGUUCGACACCGACGACUUCAGGGUGACGAUCUACCCUAAUGUGGAUUACGCCUUCAUUAUCUCUCUCGUUGUGAUUCUUGACGAGAUCAACGCAGAUCGCAGCGGCCAAGACUAGUCUGCCAAAAUUGCUUGUGGUAUCUGCUGCUGCUUGUAUUACUUUAGUUUCCGGUUUCGCAAUAAAAGAAAGAAAUAUAUAGAUAUAGCAUUAGCAAUUUGGCCUUGUUGGUUGGCUUGGAGCUGCGUUUUGUGUGAAAGUCAAGACUGUGUUUGAUGAUCGGUGUUAGUAAACUGAUCCCAGUUGGUGUUCAUAUCCUAUCAUUAUUAUGAUUGUAACAUUAGAAUACAAUUUGUAUCCACUUUGGUUUUGUCGGGCCUGCAUUUAUUUAAACUGACAUAGUUACAUUUUAAAAAAUCAUUAUUCUGAACGCUAUAAUUUGUGAUCUCUCUGUUAGUGGAAGGUUUAAUCGGACGUGGUGUGAUGGCUUAGAAGAAAUGGAACGAAUAAAUUAAAGGAGGUGGUUGGUCUUAUCCUCACUGCCGGGAGGGCCCUAGUUGAUUUUACAUCGUUUGAUGGAAUGGAACGCACAUUCGAGAGCAGUGUAGCGUUUUCAAAUCACGAAGGAACCCGGUCAACGUGGGCAACCUUAAAAAGUACACAGCUUACAUUAUGUGACUAUGUGGGAUACCAACCAAGUUGAGGUCCUCCGAGGUUAUCGGUGUCGGUUGGAAGUUGCGAUUGUUAAAUAGAUGUAUUGUUGAGAAUGUAUGUAUAAUAUUAUACAUGUAUUGUCGAAUUUGAUGCAUUGUAGAAUACCACGUUUGGUAUGUGUAAUUGUGUAUGUCGCAUCAGCUAAAAGCUGAGACAAAACAAUCUCAACUCAACUAUCUCAACAAUCACAACUAAAAGUUGAGAUAUAACAAUCACUCAAAAUGAGUGAUAGUUUCUGUCACAUCACAUAAACAAUCCAUGUAUUGUUUCUGCUAAGAACAAAAAAAAUGAUGCAUUGUAAACAAUACAUGCAUAAUGACAAUCUCAACAAAACUAUCGCAACUUCCAAACGCCCCCUUAGUGUUCUCAUCAGCACAUACAAGAUAUAGUAAGGUAUUGGACUGUAUGUAAAUAGAAAAAUUAGAUAUCGUAAAUAAAAAUAUAUAAUAAUUAUAGUUUUCAUUACAAUGUCAAUCGUAUAUGACUGUCUUUUAAUUUUGUAAAUUCAUGAAUAAUUUAGUAUUCAUUCAUAUCAAUAACAUAUUCUCUCUAAAAAAAUAGUUAAGCAAUUGGCCAGAUAUUCAUCCCCCAUUUUGUUGUGGAAAUCAGUCUUCACAUGUUUCAUUUCUGAAAAGGAUCUCUCCGUAGUAGCUGUUGAAACAGGCAACGUCAACACUAGACGACUCAACCGACAUACCAAUUGGUACUUUGUGUCCAUCUUUGCUUCCACCAGCUACUCUAUAAUUUUGCAAGGGAAGAACCUCAUAUUCAUGACUACGAACAACAUGGUCGACAUAAUAUCAUAGCUCAUUCUUAAGUAAUGCCAAAUGUAAUUUGUGAGCAAAACAGUGGACAAAGUAGGCAUGUGGGCAAUCUCUAAGAAAUAAUGCCUUGACUC